AUGGAUUAUCAUUAGCAUGGCAAAAGGAUUUAAUAGCUUUUGAUGUCAUUAUUCAUCCUAAAACUGAUAGAGGUGACUAAAGCUAUUCCUGCUUUAAAUAAGAGUACCAUUGCAGCGGGUGACAUAAAUGGCUUUUAAUAAAUAAAGAAUUUAUCAAGAAUAAUUGCAAGGGAUCCAGAAGCAAUAACAAUACAAUUGGAUAAUUAUUUUAAGGGCCAGAAUUUGACGUAUGAUUUCGAACUGCUAGAUUAAUCAACUAACAAAUAUAUCGAUACCGAUCAAGAAAUAUUUUAGUUUUAGCAGCCAAUUAUUGCUUUAAACACAACAUAUUUUGGGACAAACUCAGAGUAGCAUUCUAUGCCUCAAUCUUCUUGUCUCUUUACUGAUAAAGAGUAUAAUUCCUACUUGGUAUUUGUGGAUUUUUAGAUGAAACUAAAUAUCUAUAAUGUUUCUUCAUAUUACUUUGAAAAUGUUAAGCAAAGAGUCAAGUAACUAAAUUCAGUAGAUCUCUAUAACGCCAAGUAUGAAAUAUCUAAUGAAAGGUAAUGCAAUAACCUGAUAGAUUUGAAAGACUAUUCAAAUGUGAAUCUUACUUAUUAGUAUUCUACAGUAGAUUAUCAACAGAUGAAAAAUGGUAGAAUUGAUAUAUACUAGUAAUUCUAGAAUAUUUCCUAUUUGGUAUUCCUUGAAAAUGUCACCAAUAGUGAAAUCUAUGUGUAUUCAUAUACGGACCAAGAUGGUUUUUAAAAAUUGUUUUUUAUGGGCUGGUUUCAUAUGAUAGUUGAUUAAGAUGGAAAUUCAAGAUAUUUCAAAUAGUUGAAAAUAAAGGAUACAGCAAAAGCAAAUUUCUAUGAUAACUUAUUAUUUGGUUGUGACUUCGAAAUUGGUUUGCUUGUUUGGAAUAUUACUUGCAUGUCUAAUGAAGCUAAAUGCCUAGUGUCUUCAUUUACUUAUUUGGAAGGAAAUAGGUUCAAUAAACUAGCUUAAUUUGAUAAUAUAAACCUGUAGGAAAAGGUUAUUUUUGUUCAAGCAAUGACUCCUUUAGAAAUUUACGAGAUAAGCCUUCCAACAAUGCUAGGUCCAUUUAUAUCUAAGAUAUAUCACUUAGGAUAAGACUUAAAUAAGUUUAUUGCUAUGAAUGUAAUGGAUGCUAAUAAUGAUUUUUUAAUAAUUUAGUUGAUUGAAAUUUAGACAUUUAAGCCCUUGUUGAGACUUUACAAAAGAGGAACUAAUUAAUUUUCAUAAAUCCACUCAGAGAUAAGAUAUUCCUAAUUCUUAGAUAUGGGCGUUUAUCUGAAAUUUAUCAAUUCCUUUGAGAACUUUUUCAUCUUAAAAACUUCAAAUUUUUUCUCAAUCUAUGCAAUUUAUAAUUCCAGCUUGGUAAUAAACGCUCAUGAUUCUAAUUUGCUUUAAUAAAAUAACUAUUACGACAAGGAAUUUAUUCUUAGGGUAAAUGCUACAAAUUAUACUGGUAGUCAAUUGACUACUUUUGUAGAUUUAUUGUUUAUAAACAAUUUAAAAAAUAAAACAAUGGCUAUUUACAAAGGUUCAAAAUAUAUGGGUGAUUCCGAACCAAUAUUAUUGAUAUACAGUUGUGGAAGUAGAACUUAAUUUUACAACAUAGAUCCUUUUUUCGGUGGACCAAACAACAAUCUUUUGAUACAAGGCGACAAUUUCUCAGGAGGAUUCUUUGAUAUUCAAAACAGGCAAUCAAAUUUAAACUAUACUCAGAUAAAUUUCAAAUUAAAAAACUGUACUAUGAAUUAGUAUAUAAAGCUAUAGGAUUCUGAGUUAUUAAUACUGGAUACCAGCAAUGAAGCUAAGAAAUCUGGUAACUUCACUAAAUACGUAUUCAAUGUAGACUAUAAACAGAUUCUCGAGGGGAUUAUAGAUUAAAAAAAUUAGAAGUUUAUGGUUUUUUCACGAUCUCUAGAUGAUCAAAAUAAAUAUGACAUGAUAGUUCAAAUCUUUGACUUAUUUAAUGUGUUAAUGUGGGAGUCUUCUAUAGAUUUAAAUGAAAUUUUUCCUGGUGUGAUGAAUGAUUUUGAAUUCAGAAGUUUCGAUCCCAUCUAGUUUAGCACAACUCAUCAAAUACUUGGAAUAAUUUCUGAUCCUGUCUUAAGUACUCCUGGAAUAUCUAAGGUAUCAAUUGCUUUCUUUAAGACUAAUUAUAAGAAUGAUGCCUAAUUUCUUAAAUAUUUAAACAUGAUUAAGUUUGAAUUGCCUUGGAAUGAUAAAGUCAAAACGUCUAUCUUGCAGGUAAAGUUCUCUGAUAACAUUGUCUGGGUACUUUAGAGUGAUUUGAAGUUGAAAUUAUAUCAAAUAUACUAAUAAGGUCAGUUGAAAAUGGAUAAUAAGCUAGCACUCUUCAAAUUUAAAGGAGUCAUAGAUCUGUUUAAUUAAACAAAUGCUGCUGAUAAGGAAUUGAUAAAUUUCAAGAUCAUUUCCAAUUAUUUGGUUUGCUUCUACAAUCCAUCUUUUAUUUACAUAUACAACUUUAACGAAGGAUUGUAAAGGCUCUAUCUAAAUACAAUCCUUCCUAAAUUCUAGGAUUCAUUCAAAGAUUACAACUAUGUUUUUGUAAUCAAUAAUAUCACUAAAAAGGUAGUAUUUGAAAAUUUAGAUACCUAUAUUUAUGUUCUGUAUGAGAAACAUUUUUAAAAUCAAUUCUAUGGGUUUACACUAUUUGUAUAUCGUAUAGAUUACAGAAGAUACAGUUCCUUACUAUUUAGAUUUGAUCUUCCAAGUGAUAUCGAUGAAAUAGACCUAAAUAUAUUAUAAAAGAUGGAAUGCUAAUACAAUUUUAAGUUCUGCCAGAGACUAAAAUAGUAAUUAAACCAGCUAAUGUAGAAAUGCUCAUAGAUCUAUGUAGAUAUGAAAGAAAUUUCACGAUGGAUUAUUAAGUUUAUCCAUUAGAUGGUCCUGAAAUAAAAUUCAAAGUUAAGCAUUUCAAAUUAGAUGUAUGCCAAAUAUUAGUUCUAUACCUAUUUUCAUGGCUUUGAUAUUUAAUUCAAGGCUUAAUGUGGCAAUGACAAUCCUGAUCCUAAAACUUCAACUCAAUAAUUUGACACUAUUAUUUAAAAAUUAGAUUCUAAUCAAGAGGAUUUAAUCUAAGUCAAGAUUCUUAACACCGAAUCAAAGCGUGAAUGGAAAAAAGAUCAUUGGGUUACUAUUGAAGAUACUAUCAAAUUUGAUCCAGUAACUCACUAUGAUUAUGGUGUUAUAAUAUACAAUCUUAAAAGCAAUAGAAUUACCAAUAAAAUACCUAUAAGUAAUUAUGUCCUUACAAACAGCUUCAAAAUUAAUCAUAUUGUUGUUCAGAGAAAUAAUAACAUUAAGCUUAUAGUCUCUUAACAGGGUAUUAUAUCAAUUUUGUUUUAAUCUGAGAAUUUCACUGACUUAGUGCCUGAAAUUAGAGCUGAAUACUUUAAUACUAACGUCAAAGUAUAAUUAAAACAAGGUGUGACAGUCGGGCCUCUAGGAAAAUACCAAGGCUAUGGGUGUGUAUAUACUUACAGAAAAUGGGAUUUGUGA